AAACCUUCUGCAACUAAUUAUAUUUAUAUAGUUUCUGGAGGAUUCUUCGAAACUAACAUCAGCAUGUAUCGUGGGUGAUGAACUGCCUCCCAAUUUUAUCAUCCAUCCUUUUCAUUCCAGGCUUUCGUGUUUACUUCUGCAGUAAUAACCAGUAGCAACUUAUACCAAAUCCCUAAAUCUUGGUGUUCUGUUCUUUCUUCAAGGUGAAGAACUUUACCCUUUUUGGAGUGUUGAGUAAAAUUUUGAUCUGGGUUUGGAAGUAUGGGUGGCAAUGGAGCAAAAAAGUAGUGAUUUUUAUGAAGUUUUGGGAUUGAAGAAGGAAUGCACUGAAACAGAGCUCAAGAAUGCCUACAAGAAGCUUGCACUGAAAUGGCAUCCUGAUCGGUGCUCGGCGGCCGGAAACACCAAAUACGUGGAGGAGGCGAAGAAGAAGUUUCAGGCGAUACAAGAAGCUUAUUCUGUACUCUCCGAUGUGGAUAAAAGAUUUAUGUACGAUGUAGGAGUUUACGAUAGCGAGGAUGACGAAAAUGGUAUGGCUGACUUUAUGAGGGAAAUGGCUGUGAUGAUGAGUCAGAAUAAACCCAAUGAAAAUGGAGAUAGUUUUGAGGAACUAAAGGAUUUAUUUGAUGAGAUGUUUGAAAGCGACAUCGAAUCAUUUGAUUCGACUUCACAUUCAUCUCCUUUAUUUUCAAGUUGUGAAAGUUUGAGCUCUAGUUCCUCAAACAAGCGAGAUUCGUCGGCUAUGUCAAACAUAAAAAACGAAGACCCUUUGCUUUUUGAUGCGCACUUCCAAGGAUUUUCCUUAGGGACGGGAAGAAGAUACGAUGAGAGGAGCAGCAGCAGGAGGAAAGGAAGGCAUGAUUAAUGCUUUCACCCAAAAUAAGAUUUCUUGUGAAAUUAGGUUCACAAUCACUUCAGAAUCCUUUGAUUGUCAUCAAAAAAGUUCUAGUUGUUUCUAUGUAGUUGUAUUUUCUUGUAUCAAAAUCAAGUCAAGUGGCUUUAAAUGUAUUGUUUUCUUUUAUGCAAAAGUGGGAUUUUUUUGGUUAAUUUCCAUUCUGUGUUUGAGUGUGACCACAUGAGCAUACGUACAUACAC